AUGGCGGAACCUGCGUUCGAGUCUUUUGCCUUCGAAGGUCAGCAAGACGCAGCGAAGUUCGGACUUCGUCAACGUGCAACCUUUCCAUUGGCACUGAAGCCUGUGGAAGGAUGGCAGCCUACACUGCAAGAGUCAAUCGCGUUGUUGCGACAGCUAUCAGAAUCCGGCGCAUUAUUCGAACAAGUACGGAAUCAUGGCGGCGCAGUGUUGAUCCGAGGCCUGCCGAUUGCAACACCGCAAGACUACAGUGAGAUUGCGCAUGCAUUUGGCUUUCCUGCCCAUGAAGAAGUCGGACGUCCUCCAUUACGUACGGUACUUGCCAGGAACGUGAAGACUGCGAAUGAAGGGUGGGUAGCCCUAGUCCAAUACGCUCGUGAUAUUAACCACGAUAAGACCGCCCGAGCUGCCUAUAUGGCCCCACAACGAGUAUGGGUGGUCUACGAUCAACCCUGCUUGGCUGACAUUCUCCUGUCUCGACGUCCCGAGCUCUGUUUGGGUUUAGCAGCCGCUUUGAACGAACAAGCACCCGAAUUUGUUCAGGCGCUCCUGGAAAAAGGGGUGAAAUACGUGUACAGGUAUGGACUGGAAGAGGUCGCAUCGAACACUGGAACCAGCGUUUUAGGGGCGUACGGCCAACACGUCCAGCCCGGCGAUGAUCAAGAAACAAGGAGGGAAAAAAUCGAAGACGAAGUUAGAAGGCAUAGCGACCACUUCGAAUGGCAUGAAGAUGGUUCCUUGAGUGUGACGCACAUUGUACCCAUUAUUCGAAGGCACGAAGAGACCGGGCUAACUACUUGGUUUGGCAACUUAACCAGCGCCUGGGGUCGAAGCAAAUUUCACGGAGCCACUGAACCACCCUACCGCGGCGAUGAUGACUCAUAUCAUCCACCUCCGCUGUACGGGGAUGGUUCGAAGAUUGAGAACCAAUAUCUUGACCUAGCGCUAUCACUGGCAGAAUCGUUACAGGUUCCGGUCAAGUGGCAGAAGGGGGACAUUGUCCUAUUAGAUGUACGUUUGAUCACACAAUUUAGCCACGCUGCUCUGACUCUGGACUAG